AUGGCUGUUGGUGCGGCAGGCGCGCCGCCGGUGGUGGUCGAGCAGAAGACGUGUGGGCGGGUGGAGAGCUGGAUGGGAUCUGGCGACGAGUUUCGGGUGCUUGUGGAUGGGCUAGUCGGACAGGGCCGGAUGGUGGUGGCAGUGGUGUCGAGUUCCGAGCGUGCGCUGGAGAUCGCGGCGUGGCUGGCGGAUGCGAGCUUCCGGGCGGCGCUGCCGCCGGUCCGGCUGGUGCGGAUGGUGCUGCUGACUGCGAGCGGGCCGGUGCGGGAUCCGGCAAGCGUGGCUGCCGGCUCGCCGGGUGUCGGCGUGUUCUCACCGUCGGCAUAUGGGCUUAGUGUGGGCUCGCCGGUGGCGCCUGCCGUUGUUGCAGCGUGCCGCGCAUCGGGCGCGGCGCUACGGGUCAACGGCGAUCUACCGCUGGAUGUGUUUGCCGAGCCGGUCUCGCGCGGGCGCGAUGCGCUCGCUGCACGGCGGGCGGCACUGCCGUCGUUUGGGUCGCCGUCGCGGUUCCGAUCGCCGCAGCGUGGGGCAACGCCACCACCACUUGCCACGCCCGCGCCGUCGCCGUUUGUCAACUCGCCGACAACACCGCGGUAUCCGCUCUGGGCACCAUCGCCUAUGCGGCACUAUGUCCCUGUCGCGCCAUCGCCACCGCUGGUCCCGCUUCCCUCAUCGCCUGCUCCGUAG